AGUUCGAAUAUUAUUUUAGUUGUAUUUUAAACGUUCUAAGUAAUAACACGUAAUAAGUAUAAAACAGUUAAAAAGUGAAAAUUAAACGAAUAAAAUGGAUUGUGGAGGUGUUUUUGUGAAAUAUGUGCUUUUUAUAUUCAACAUACUCUUUGUGGUAUGUGGUAUACUACUCAUUGUUUUUGGAUCACUAAUGGUUUCCAAUAUCAGUAGUAUAUCGAAUAUUCCACAAAGUAUUGAAGCAAAUAGUGUACCAAUUGCUAUCUUGGUCUUGGGAUGUGUUAUUUUCAUUAUCGCAUUUUUGGGCUGUUGUGGUGCCAUAAGAGAAAAUUCCUGCUGCACCAUGACCUAUUCAGUCAUAAUGUUAAUUUUGUUCAUGUGUCAAUUGGCAUUAGUUAUUUUUGUUUGGGUACAGCGUGAAAAAUUCUUAAAAUCGAUGGACAAUGUUGUAACUACGAUAUGGAAUCAACGUAAGGUCGACCAAAAAGUCUUAGAUACUUUGCAAUUAACCUUUAAUUGCUGUGGUAAAAAAUCGUUCACCGAUUACUCCUUAGCUGGUGAUGACAUUCCUCUAUCUUGCUGUGGAAUUGAUGCCACAAGUUGCAAUGUUGUUAAUGCCAUGACCCGUCAAGGCUGUUCUCGUACUUUUGCCAAAUUCUGGGAAAAGAAUAUCGAUAUUAUCCGAUAUGCUGGUUUAGGUGUCGCUGGUGUUGAGUUAAUCGCAUUUAUAUUCGCUUGUUGCCUGGCCAAUCAAGUACGUAACAGUCGUCGCCGAGCUAAUUAUUAAUAUAAUUAAGAGUUUUUCAUUUAAGUAAUUUUAAAUUGGUUUUAACAAUUGCACUUUGAAACGAAUUGCAAAUUGAGCGUAUAAUUUUCGAACAAUUAUGUUUGUAUUUUAAUAUAAAAAUGUUUGUAUUUUAAUAUAAAAAUCGAAAUAAUAAAAUCAUUAUUUAUGUAAACGAAA